AAUGACUCCAGCAUAUUGGUUCCCGGCUUGCUAAUUUUACUUUUUUCCCGUUUUUGCAAAAAUAAGAAAAUUUGCUCCCGUGCAAAACAAAUUCCUGUUUUAAAAUGCUUCGUCAAUUUUUUAAGAAGAUGGUAAGUGGUGAAAGAAGUGUUGUGAGCAUACAUAGGUGCAUCAGGGCAAACUAUUGUACAAAUGAUGAAAAAAAUUUGGAGGCAGUACACGAGGAAAAACCAGAGGAAAAACCAAAAGGAAGUGAAUUAUCAUUUUGCAAAGUGCAAUGUAUUGGAAGAGUGGGUUCACCACCAAAAGAGGUAGAAACAAAAAUGGGUCACACAUUUGUUAGUUUUAGGAUUGGAUGUGGAAAUGAUAGUGAAACAAAAUGGCAUACAGUCAACAUAAAUAAUCCAGGAUUAGCAUCUUUGGUGUUGAAUAGAAUGCAUGUUGGAGACAGAGUGUAUGUUGGUGGGAAAUUGUCAUAUACUGAUGGUGAACUCUAUAACAAAAAUUACAGAAUCUACGCAAGUGAGGCAUAUGUAUUGAACCAUAGCAGGAAAUAUUGGGAGGAACAAGAAAGAAGGUCACAUGAUGAUGAAUCUGAAAAUGAUGAAUCUAGAACAGAUGCGAUGACUUCGUCUUACAAUGAUAAGCAUUGAAAAUCUCCGGAAGACUUCAUUUACCAUUUGUGUUCACCAAAUCACAUUGUUAUGUUUGUGCUGUUAAAGAUUUGUCAUCAAUUUUUUUAUGUUAAAAAAACAUCUUAUAUCAUUGUCUACUAUGUUAAGAUAGUGCAGGUUGUAACUGUUUGAUGACACAUUGUUGUGAUUUGUUGAAGUUUAAGAAGUUGGGUAUGCCAGUAUUAAUGUAUACAUUAGUCUAAUGUUCCUGGAAGAGAGAGCAUAUAGUCACCACCUUUCUGUCUGUCUGUCUGUCUGCAUACACUCAGAUGACACAGCACUAAAUCAUGUGUUCAUUCCAUAAAGAUUUGCAAAGAUUUUGUUGAUGGCCCCUUUUGAUUUUAAGGUCAUAGAUCAGUCACUCUGGCCCUGGCCACUAAAGGCUUAUCCAAUGAAUCACUGGAAAAACCCUUUGGCCUACAGUCCACAUAUAUCACGUGGAGGUUGGACUAGAAUAUGGCUCUACUGAUUUUGAGGUCAUUAGCUCAAAGGUCAAUGUCAGCUUUGCUUUGUCCACUGAAAGCUUAAUCAAAAAUAACUAGAAAUAACUAGAAAAAGCUUUGGCCUACAGCUAUAUAUUUGGUCAUGAGAUUGGUCAUGUCAUAACUAGAUGAUGACAGAACCCUUUUUAUUUGAGGUCAUUAGCUCAAGGUCAUAAAUUAAAUACUUUUCUCAUCAAGAAUGAUCAAAGAUUUGUGAAACUUAAAAGUUAUAAUGCUAAAUGUUUAAUAUAUUUUGUAUAUAUAUAUAUAUAAAACUUUACUUUUAUAAAAAUAUUCAUAUGUAUAUAUGUCACUAUGACAGAAAUGAAGAAGGGGCAUGAGUGUCCUAUGUACACAUUUUUAGAUCUUUUUUUUUUUUUU